AUGCCAAACGAAACAGCCGUAUCAAACUUAACCAGCUGUUCAGCUUGGCGACAAUCCUCAACGACAAAUUCUAAUAAUACUUCAACAGAUACACCACCUGACACUGCUCUUUUACCACCUAAAGAUUGGCCUAGUCUUGCCGAAGCAACUGUAGAAUCAUCAAUAACAUCGAAUGAACAAACAGUAUCUAAUGAAAAUGGAACAUCUCAACCAAAUACACCUCGAACACGUAAAAAGAAAGGCAAACAAAAAUGGUUACCAUUACCAUUAGAUCAACAAGAAGAUAAUGAUGAAUGUGAAACAUCAAAUGCCAAUAAUGCUCAAAAUGGUGCUCAUCGUCCAGCAACAUCAACAACAAAAACAACAACUUCGACAAAAGGAAGUCGUGGUAAUCGUAGUUCACGUGGUGGACGUGGCGGUAGUCGAAAUCGUACACGUAGUCUUGAUGGAGCUGCACCAAAGAAAAGUCGUAAAAAUCGUACGACUGCUGCUACGGCAGCAACAGCCGCAGCUGCAUAUCAACAAGCUUAUGAUGCGUAUCAAGAUUAUUAUUCGUAUUAUUAUUAUGAUCAAGGAGGUCGAGGUGAUAAUGGAGCUCCAUGGCAUUAUGAGAAACAAAAUAAACGAAAAAAGAAAAUUGCAGGACCACUUGGUGUUGAUCCAACUAUAGAAACUGAAGAUGCAACAAACGGUUCAGAUAUAGCAGGCGUUAAUAAUUCUCAUGUAGCAACUAUGAAACGUGAUGUGCAUAAUUUUAUCUUUGAUGAUGAAGCAGUAGUUGUUGACGAUUGUUCUUUUGUAUUGCCGUAUAUAGAAGGUGCUUAUUAUUAUCAAUCAACAACACCACCACCAGCUACUGAUAUACCUUUAAGUAAUGUUGAUAUUAAUACAGAUGAAUAUACAAUUCCACUAGUACCAUCUUACACUGAACAACAAUUAAAAGAGCUUCUACGACGUCAAGUUGAAUAUUAUUUUAGUACAGAAAAUCUUGAAGCAGAUAUAUUUCUUCGACAACAAAUGUCUAAAGAUGGUUAUGUACCAUUAUCACUUAUUGCAAGCUUUAAUCGAGUUCAAACACUAUGUGAUGAUAUUAGUUUUAUAGCUGAAGCUGUUAAAGAUAGUCUUAUUGUUGAAUUGAAUGAUAAAUGUAUGGUACGUUGUCGAACUGAGCCAACACGUUGGCCACUUAUUAUGGAUGUUAGUAAUCAUUUAACCGCACUUAAUCCUGAUGUCCCCGAUUUUCAACCGGGUAAAAUGUGGAAAAAUGAGAAUGAAAAUAAUAGAAUUUUGAAUGGACUUGAUGAUGAAUCCCAUAUAUUAGAAAAAGGACGAUCAACAGCGAAUGAAGUUGAUUGGAGUCAUGUACCAACUAAACGAAAGAAACCCACUAAGAAAAAAGAUAAAAAGGAACCACAACAACAGUCUCAGGUAACUCCACAACAGCAGCAACAACAACAACAACAGCAACAAUCAAAACAACAUACUCAUUCGGAUAAUCGUGAAGAAUUAGAUUUUCAAUUUGAUGAAGAAUUACCUAAUACACAAACAAAUAAUGCAAAUACCAAUAAUACAUUAUCAUCUUAUCUUCCAUCUUCAUUUUUUCCACAAAAUCGUCAAAAUCGACGUCGAACAACAUCAUUAACACUUGACUUACAUGAAGAAUCAGAAAAAGAUGAUUCAGAUUUUGAAUUAGAUGAUGAUGAUAUUGAUAAAAUUCUUAUUAUAACACCAACACCUCCAUCAACUCGUAAACAAAAUCACAAAAAUCAUGAUCGUACUGGUGAAUAUACACCACGAGCACGAAUGACAGCUGAAAUAGCAAAAAUCAUUGAUGAUGGUUUAAGAUGGUAUGAAGAAGAAUUAUGGCAUGAUCGACCAGCAGCAGCAACAACGACAACAACAACUACAACAACAGCAACAAAUGAAAAAACAGUGAAAUUAAUCAGUCAAGAUGAAAUGGAUGCAAUACGUAAAGCAUCAAAUCAAUCUCAAUCAACAAGUGGAAGAAAACUUAAUCUUGAUGAUGAUGAUGAUGAUGAUGAAGAUGACAAUGAAACUUCUCAAUCACAAGCUGAUAAAGAAAAUAAUCAAUCAACAACAAAAGCAAAUGAAAAACAACUUCGUAGUCCAGCUAUAGCGAUUGUUCGUUCAACUAAUCGUGCACCACCACAAGUUGAACCAUUUUUUCGUCCAAAACAUUUACCAGUUUCAACUCAACAGCAACAACAACAACAAAAUUUGUUACAAGCUACAGCAAACGAUUUUGUAUCACAUUCAUUACCUAAUAAUAGCAAUGCCGGUGUUCCAUCAACUACAAAACCAACAACAACAACUACAAAUGAGAAAAAACAACGUUCACAAGCAUCUAAUGAACAUCCAGAAGAACCACGAACACCACAUUCACGUGCGAAAAAUAUUGCUCGAUUUUAUCCAGUUACAAAAGAUGCUCCUGUUGUUAAACCAGAUACACCUGGACUGAAACGUAAAACUCGUCAUAGUGAACAUCCACCGGUGGAAAGUUCAGUUGGUUGGGUAUUUGAUUCUCGUGGUCAUACAUCAACAGCUACGACAGCAACAACUACCACGACAACGACAACUACAACAACAGCAGCAACAACAAAACAGAGAAGCAAUACAACUACUAGUGCUACAAGUCGACAACAAGAUUUCUAUGAUCAAUAUUCAUCAUCAUACAAUGAUUCCCAUUAUUGGUAUGGUAAUACUUAUGGUAGUAAUUCGAAUUUAUAUGAUUAUUAUGGUUCAACACCAGUUGAAAUUCCUCAAUUCCAACAUCCAUCUCAUUCAUUAUUACAACAGAAUGGUUUUACACAACAAGUUUACUUAAAAUAUAAACAACAAUGUCUUGAUGAACGAACGAAAUGUGGCCCUGGUCAAUCUAUGGAAAUGAAUACAUUAUAUCGUUUUUGGUCAUUUUUCUUACGUGAAAAUUUUAAUCGACGUAUGUACAACGAAUUUAAACAGUAUUCUGUUGAUGAUGGCAAAACAGGUCAUCGAUAUGGUCUUGAAUGUCUUUUUCGUUUUUAUACAUAUGGUCUUGAAAAACAUUUUCGUCAGGAAGUACUCGAAGAUUUUGAAAAUGAAACACUUCGUGAUCAUGAAGCUGGUCAAUUAUAUGGUUUAGAGAAAUUUUGGGCUUUUCUAAAAUAUUCUCGACGAAAACCAAAGAUUAAUCCAAAACUUGAAGAGAUUUUGAAAAAUUAUAAACGUCUUGAAGAUUUUCGUGUUGAUGGUGCUUCAUUUCCACAGCAAUUUUAUCCAACUAAAUCAGGAAUUAUAACUAUUCCAGCACCGGAAGCAAUUGCAGCUGCAGCAGCAAAAGAAGCUGCAACAGGAUCUAACAGUGAUAUAACAACAAUACCAAAUUCAUUAAAAACUAGUGGUGAACAUUUUCCAUCUCGUAAUCGUGUACCACCAAGACAACCAAAUCGACGGACAACUUCCGAACGGUGUUAA